UAUAUAAAGUGUCUGUAGAGCCUCUAACGUUCCUCUCCCACAACAACAAACACUUUCAAGUCUUUCUCUCUCUCACUCUCUCACGCACACAAACACCAAAACACACGCACAUCAGCUAUGGCUAAGGAACUACUAAUCUUGAUGCUUUGCUUUGUGACCUUAUUGGUUGUUUCAGCAGAAAACCAGGCAACUAUAAGUCCAGCUGCACAACCCAUGCCACCAAAAGACAUCGACACGUCCGGCUUUACUCAGGGUAGUCUUCAACCACAAGAAUGCGCGCCACGUUGCACCAAGAGGUGCUCCUUAACAGCUUUCAAGAAGCCCUGCACUUUCUUCUGUAACAAGUGUUGCAACAAGUGUUUGUGUGUGCCACCAGGCACUUAUGGGAACAAGGAGAUGUGCCCUUGCUACAAUAACUGGAAAACCAAGCGAGGGGGACCUAAAUGUCCAUGAAUCCUAGUCUCUCCUGUUGAUAUCAUAAUCUAGAACCGAACUUUCCUGUAAUAAUUGACCUUCAACACCCACAAAAA